UGUUCAUUACUGUGUUUACUGUGUUUACAAAACUUAUGGCCUUAUUAUCGUUACUUAUAUAUAUAGUUAUAAAUUUUUUUGCAAAAUUAACGAGAAGUAAAUAAUUAGCUAAGAACUCUGUCUUAAUAGUCGUGCAAUUGAAGUGUAUUCAAUCCUGCUGGGCUUAAAAGAUACUCAAUCCAGUGAACACGCGUCGAAAUGAUCCCAUUUGUUAUUGUACCUGAAAAUACUACCAGUUUGUACGAGUCAUAUCAAAAGGUUUAUGAAGAAUGUCUUGAGGGAAACAAGCCAUGCGUUUUAUCGGAAGAAUCAACGUGUAAAUGGCUCGCUCGAACUGAUUGGACAUAUCCGGAUGGCUCUUUGAAGUUUGAUUUUCUCAGAUCUCGAUUCGGUCGAGCUGGAGUUCCUGUAGUUCAGAGCGACGAACAGUCCGAUUAUGCGAGUCGAUUACAGGUUCCUGUAAGUUUUGACGAUUAUCUUGAACAUCUGGAAUCAAAGAGACCACUGUCCGGUAUUAAUGCACCACAUGGACACGUUUGGUAUCUCAAAGACUGGCAUUUUCAGCGGGCGUUUCCUGAAUAUCGGGCGUACACGGUGCCGUUGUAUUUUUCAUCGGACUGGUUGAACGAAUAUUGCGAUGCACGGUAUCCAUACGAACCGGACAAAGAUUAUAGGUUCCUUUACCUUGGACCAAAAGGAUCUUGGACACCGUUUCACGAAGACGUCUUACAGUCUUUUAGUUGGUCUGCUAAUGUUUCCGGCACCAAGAAAUGGUACAUAUUCCCUGCAGGAGAGGAGCAGAAGCUUAUACAAGCGGACGGACAACUGCCGUCUGAUGUUACUAGUGUGGAUCUCUCGGGAUGCGUGCAUUUUGUUUUUGUGCAGAGGCCAGGGGAAGUGAUUUUCAUUCCAAGUGGAUGGCAUCAUCAGGUGCAUAACUUGGAUACGACGCUGUCUGUCAACCAUAACUGGAUCAAUGCCGCCACCGUCGGAAACUUAUGGAAUUUGCUACGGGAUUCUUUGAAUAAAGUAAAACAAGAAAUCGAAGAUUGUGCAGCUGAUUUUGUAGAUGCUCACGAAUGGAAUCGCCAGUGUCAGAUGAUCCUUAAAGCUGACCUCGGAAUGAACUAUCCAGAGUUCUUUGAUUUGCUGCUCUUUAUCGGUACGCGAAGGAUUCAGUGCGACAACGAGCACGAACAAUAUGAAUUUGUCAGGAUGAAAGACAUCGAAAGUAUCAGAGGAACUUUCAAGCAAGUCGAGUUUAGUUUGGAUGAAUUACCCAGAGAAGAUGGAGCACCAGAUGCAAUACGAAAAUUUUUAGAAGUUUUAUAAUGAAAAUAUGUUAAAGGUCAGUACCGGUGAUAUUUUGAAACUUUUUGGAUUUGCUUUUGAUUCCUCCACAGCUUGUAGCCUAAUUUAUGAGUUUUCAUUCGUCCGUCCAACUUUAUCAAGCAAAAAAAUUGGAUACCUGUAAGGUGACAUUUGUUUCUUUCUGUUUCUGGUUGAUUCGUUUGUUUUUAUGAGUUGAUGCCCAGGGUUAACAGAUUGCAGUACUGUAAUUCGAACGAAAUACCUCCCUAUAAGUACUGCGACCCUACCAAGUAUGUAGUCGUUUUCACAAAGAUCACUAGCUAACUGGCCCUUUUAAGUUUGGCCAAAACUGUCUACGCGUUGACAAGUCCA